CCAAGGAUGCCUGCCAGGGCCCAGAGAGAUUUUGCGACCAAUCGCAGGCAGUCAUUGCCUGGGUAUAACAAAAGAAAACCAAGACCUCUGUACUAUAUAAUCUUUCAUUAUGUCAUAUUUCCUUCCACAUCUUACGAACGGCUGGCAAGUCGAUCAAGCCAUCCUCUCAGAGGAAGAUCGCGUAGUCGUUAUCCGGUUCGGCACCGACUGGGAUCCAACAUGCAUGCAAAUGGAUGAACUCCUCUAUUCCGUCGCCGAAAAGAUCAAGAACUUUGCAGUCAUCUACCUGGUCGAUAUCACUGAAGUACCGGACUUCAACAAGAUGUACGAACUCUACGACCCCUGCACGACCAUGUUCUUUUUCCGCAACAAGCACAUCAUGGUUGAUCUCGGUACAGGAAACAACAACAAGAUCAACUGGGCGCUCGACAGCAAACAGGAGCUCAUUGAUAUUGUAGAAACUGUGUUCAGAGGCGCAAGGAAGGGAAGGGGUCUGGUCGUCUCGCCAAAAGACUACUCGACAAAGUACAAGUACUAAGAGGAAGCUGCGGCGGACGAAGCGACUCUUUCUUUCUUUUUCUUUUUUCCUCCCUGGGAUGGACUCGCUUUGUUUUUACGACUAUGCACCAGG